AUGGAUUCCACUCCUCCCCUACUUUCCGAGCGGGUCUUUGGGCUUUCUGAGAGACAGAAUUACGGGUUCCAUCGUUGGAUGAUGUUCUUGCGCCCCCGACGAGGCCAUGGUUUGGCGUUUCCCCAGUUUGCGCGUUUGGGCGGGACGGACGACGAUGGAGUCGCUUUAACCACCUGUGUUUGGCCUGUUUUCGGUUCCUACUCUCUGGUAUCUCCUGAUUUGACAGGGGAUCUUGUCGAUAACGUGGACUUCCUUUGGCUCCUUCUUUGUAACCUCUCCCUGGACAUGGACUUACUUGGAUACUGGACACAGGAUCUCAAAGAUUUUGCUCGCCAGUCGAGCCUUGACGUGGUGUAUUCCGAAACGGGACGCGACUCUAAUGGACGAGGCUUUGUCGAGUUUGAAUCUGCCGCGGACCUAAGGACCGCCGUGGAAAAAUUGGAUGGCCGUGAAUUCAAAGGCAGCCGCGUCCAAUGCGUUGCUGAUACUCAGCCGGACAUUCCUGCUUCUCGUGGUAGGUCCCGAUCUCCCGGGCCUGGACGUCGCCCGUACCCUCCUCCAACGGACGACUAUGACCGGCGCCAGCCUCCCCGAGGCUACAGUCCUCGCCGCGAUGCGCCUUAUGGAUACCGUGAUCGCAGCCCUCGACGUGAUUACUACGACGACCGUGGACCACGCGGCUACCGUUCCCCUCCACGACGACCAGAAGGGGGCGACUACCCCCCUCGUGGACGAUAUGAUGAUCCCUACAGGAGGGAUUAUGCGCCGCCCCCGGACCCCUAUACCAAUGGUCGGCCCUAUGAGCGGGCACCAAGAGACUAUCCUCCACCAAGGGAUGCUCCAUAUCCUCGUGAAGGUUAUCCGCCUCGCGAGUAUGAGCGUGGAGGGCGCUACUGGUAA